AUUAAAGACGUGUUGUUAUCAGUGCGGACAUGGUCUCGACGCGCGGGUCGUCGCGCGACGCCGUCAGUUUAAAGCGCACCGCGAACGAUUGUCUACGCGCAGUUGCGGCCGCUGAUGGUCUCUAAACACUCCUGAAAUCGAUUACGGAUACGUACGCCGUGUGUGAAGCAUCUGCCAAAGCUGAAGUGUUUACGUACUAUUAAGAAUUACUCAUUUUAACAUAUCCAAGAUGUCUGCCCCCAUAGCGUUGAUAAAGCACGGAGCGCCUUUGAUUCAGGGCGCACCUUUUGCGUCGAGUUCCGCCUUCAGCAACUUCGUGCUCUUCAGCGUAUGUACACUGAGAAUCGACAGGCAUUAAUGGAUGCGCUGUAUGCGGACUUGCGCAAAAGUAAAAUGGAGUCAUGUCUAACCGAAUUGGACUUCCUCAUUAACGAUGUAAGGUAUACCAUUGAUCAUGUCUACUCCUGGGUUAAACCGGAGCGGCCAGGAAAAGGAGUGGUUAACAUCCUAGAUCGGCUGAAAAUUAUCCGUGAACCAUAUGGCGUGGUGCUCAUCAUAGGCGCGUGGAACUAUCCACUACAAUUGUCAAUGCUUCCCUAUGGUGCAAUAGCUGCUGGUAAUUGUGCGAUUGUCAAACCAUCAGAGGUUUCUCCUGCUUGCGCCAAACUGUUAGAAGUAUUGCUUCCGAAAUACCUCGACAGAGAUUGCUACCAAAUCUACAUGGGAGGUGUUCCAGAAACUACCGAACUCCUGAAAGAACGCUUUGACUACAUCUUUUACACCGGAUCUACAGCGGUUGGCAAAAUCGUUCAUCAAGCCGCUAACAAAUUUCUUACACCAGUUACAUUGGAACUUGGUGGGAAGAGUCCUGUAUAUUUGGAUGAUAUGAAUAACAUUACUACUGCUGUGACGAGAAUUAUGUGGGGAAAGCUCCUGAACUCAGGUCAAACCUGUGUUGCCCCCGAUUAUGUUUUGUGCAGUAAAGAGAUGCAAGACAGGUUUGUCAGUAAAGCGAAGGAAAUACUCACACGCUUCUACGGAGAAAACCGAAGAAAAUCUCCGGAUUUGUGUCGGAUUGUAAACGAUGCACACUUCAAACGCAUUACCAAUCUAUUAAAGGGUGCGAAUAUUGCUGUAGGUGGUAACACUGACGCGACGGAGCGUUACAUUGAGCCAACAAUCGUGGUCGAUUGUAAACCGACCGAUCCGAUUAUGCAGGAGGAGAUUUUCGGGCCGGUGUUGCCGCUUGUAACCGUGGAAAGUUACGAGGAGGCGAUCAAAUUCAUUCGAUCACGAGAAAAGCCGUUAGCUUUCUACAUUUUCUCGGAGAAUAAGAAAACCAUUAAACACAUGAUCAGAGAAGUGUCUGCAGGUGGAAUAUGUGUCAAUGACACCAUAGUACACAUUUGCACUGAUAGUUUACCUUUCGGCGGUGUUGGUAUGAGUGGUAUGGGUAACUACCAUGGCAAAGCCAGUUUUGAUACCUUCACUCACCAGAAGAGUAUCCUGAUGAAAAACUUGGUUUAUGGGGAGAAACUCGCAUCGAAGAGGUAUCCACCUUAUACUGAAGCAAAUCUACAAUUCUUAACAACUGCAUUGGAAUACAGAAAGAGUAUUUCUUUGAAAUAUGUGCCCCAUAUUAUUGCUUUCGCGGUUGGAAUGGGUGCAGCAUAUCUUUUGAACUACGUUUGUCAUAAGACAGAUGAAUUCUAAAUGUUCUUCUUGUAACUGUUAAUUGUUAAUAUUAUAAGGGUUAUAAGGUUGUUGAAAAAUCAAUUUUGUACGUAUAAUUAAAAUUGUUACACCAAGA